AUGAGCAACCAUCGAAAAGCGAUGAUUACAACAAAAGCAGAAUACGAGUUACUGUUGAACAGAAAUGGCAAUGCCAUAGAGAAGCACUAUUGUGCAUCAGACAUUACAAUUAUGGAUCCUGAUACUUACGGUGGUUCUUUAUCGAACGCACUUCCUUCAUCAUCAUCACAUACGAUUAGCAAUGAAACACGUUCAUCAUCUCGCCGUCAUCACCAUCAUCAUAAAAAGCGAGGAGCUGAUGGUUCAACAGCAACAGCACCGAUUGUCACGUCAACAGAUAGUCAAGAUGAACGCAUUGAAGUGAAAAUUCUUCCUCAAGAUGAUAAUUGGGGUGAGACAACAACAAUCACUUGUAACGGUGGAAAUGAGGAUGCAUUGACGAAUACUAAUGAUACAAGUUUACAAUUGAAUGAAAAUAAUCAUCACGAGCAUUUACAUACUUUAUCAAAUAAUCUUAAUCGACGAACAUUAUCUUUAACUAUAUCGAAAUUUGCUAUUUAUCUCCUUUGUUUAAUUGCUUUCAUUACACCAAUAUUCUUUCUAACAUUGCCCUAUACACUAGUAGCAUCCGAUUCAAUUUACAUCGAGGAUUAUUCGCCAAUCUUAACCAUUAUUUUUAAACUUAUUUUUUUACUUAUGGGAACAUUUUUUCUCUUAUAUCGACGUCGAAAUAAUACAUAUUUGCCACGUGUUCAUCUACAAAAGAUGUGUUUAACAAUUGUGCUAUUGUUUAUACUUGCUAUCUAUUGGUUUUAUUACGCCUUUAGAAUCUUACAACCAAAAUUUGACUCGUAUGAGCGAGUCCUAUCAUUAACAUCGACCUACGAAGAUUUACUUCUAUUCAUUUUAAUUCUCGCUGUCCUAAUCUUAGAAGUGAAAUGGUUAUAUCCGAAAUGGAUUGUUAAAGUUGUACGAUCACCCGACGGGCAAACAAGACAAUACACAAUAGGGUCAAUGUCUAUUCAAGAAGCAAGUGUUUAUUUAGUGGAACAAUACUAUAAAGAUUUUCCUGUGUUUAAUCCUUGGUUGGAAAAUGCUCAACAAACGCAAGGCAAACGUCACGGAGGAUUUUCGGCGAAAUCAACUGGUUCUCAAUCGAACGCAUCGACAGUGAUCGGUGGUGGAUUAGACGGAACAAUGACUCGAUCAAUGCGUGGAUUUAACGAUAGAUUUUAUGAUGAACUCGAUUACGAACGUCGCGUACGUAAGAGACGUACGAAAUUAUUAAGUUCUUGUGAAGAUGCUUUUACACAUGUUCGCAAAUGUCUCAAUGAAAAAUAUGGUACUCAUAUUCCAAUGGAUGCUCGAGAAGCCGCACAGGCUGUGUUUUCCUCUCUGUCACGUUCGCUUCAAAAAUAUCUUCGACUAACUCGGCAACAACCGUAUUUCACUCGCGAAUCCAUAAUAUCUCAUUUAGCCACCUGCUUAUCUCAUGAUCUCUCCCCUCGAGCUUUUCUCGAACGCUAUGUUCAAACAGAAUCACAACCCUUGGCCACCCUACUCUUUCCUGCACUGGCAUCAGUUACAAAUAAUCAUCAAGAACAAACGUGGACAUUGAUAUGUGAUCCUCAAACGGCAACGAACAAUGAAGAAAGACAAGCAAAAGUGUCAGUUAACCAAUCAAUUCAUCCCAAACUGACAUUUGUACUUAAACAACAACAUGCGGAGCAUAUCGCUCUAAUAUGCACAUUUCAUCGAAUGCCACGAGUGAAUCUAAUCGAAAAAAUCUUCGAUUCGAAACACAAUAAGUUUGUUUUGAAAUUAAAUUCAGAAACAUCUGUUUAA